ACACCGCAGCCGCUGCCCCGAGAGGCGGAACGGGGGUGCCCGGAACCCGGCGGGCCCGGAACGCGGCGAGAGGCUCCGCCGGGCCCGGCCGGUGCCUGUGUGGCGCGGCACCGUCCCGCCGCCUUCCUGCGCCCGCCCCGCUCCCCCCCCGGUUCGGUUCGGUCCGGUCCGGCCAUGCUGCUGCCGGGGCCGCUCUGCCGCCUCCUCCUCCUCCUCUUCCUCCUCCUCCUGCACGGCAGCCGGGCCGCUUCCUCCGCUCUUUCGGCCGCCCCGAGCCCGCUCAAUGCUACAGAGGCGACGCGGGCGGCCGCGGGUAACGGGACUCGGCCGCAUCCGCCGCCUCCAUCGCGGCGGCCGCCGGGGUCGGUGCUGCCGGCGGGGCUGGGGCUGCCGGUGCUGAAGCGAGCGGUUUACGUGCUGAGCGCCCUCUCCGUGCUGGCCGCGCUUUAUUUCCUCCUGCGAGCGUUCCGCCCUAGGUCAGAGGGACCCAGAAAUGAGCGGAAAACUCGUUUCAGGUUGAAGAAACCUCAGCGGAGGAAGUACGGGCUGCUGGCCAGCCAGGAGGAGAACAUGGAGCUGGCCUCGCUCGACAGCGACGAGGACACCGUCUUUGAGACCCGAAACCUCCGGCGGUGAUUUGGGACCAGUGGCACCGACUGCACAGGGCUGACCAAGGGGGUCCAAACCCAGUGGAAUCACCAGUGCUCCAGUUUUACUUUUUAUAUUUGCUUAUAAUUACUAUUAAUUAACAGUGCAGACACUUCCAUAGCUGGGGCAGGGGAAGAGGGGACUGAAACUUGUUUUCUUCACACACAUUUCUGGGCAAGUGGUGCUGCACUGGGUGCUGAGCAGAAGGGGACUCCUGGGUGAAUGGAUGCUCCAGUUGAGAUCUUGCUGCUCUGCACUCAGGUGUUGCCUGCUGGCCUUUAGAGGUGCCCAAGUCCCUCUCUGCUGGCACUUUAGGGCUCAGGCAAGUGAGUUCCUUUUGCAGGCUGAUCCUCUUUCCUUGGUGCAGGUUCAGGGUACUUUAGGAAGUGUCUCUGCAGUGAUGGUGGGAGCUGGGAGGGCUCUUGUCUGUUACACUUGGGGUGUUUGUGUGAGAUCAGGCAGGGAAUGGCUUUGGGAGUCAGGUGAAAGCAUCAUUUUUCUUGUAGUUGCAGGGUCAGCAGUUUCCACGUGGUAAUUCAGGGGUUUACAGGGCCAAGAGAUGUUUCCAGAGCUGCCCCUCAGCCCAGAGGAGCAAAGAGCAAUCAGUUGUGUCCCCUUCAGCCUCUGCUGCCCCCCUCCAGGGCUCUGCUCACCAGAGGAACCUGGGGGGGCUGCCAAGCUGCUGCUUCUGUCUGAGAUCAGCUGAGGAGGAGACAGAGGGCUGUGGCUUGAGUUAGAGAACCCCAGGUGGGUGAUGAAGGAGCUGCCUGAACAUCUGAUGAGUGGAAAGGGAGGAGACAACCCCCCUGAACCCAGAAAGCCCUGGAGUUUCUCUCCUCUUGCUGGCACUCAGGCUGUGUCCCACUGCCAGCCCAGCAGACUGGGACGUUUCUUCUGUUAUUUGGGUUUGUUAUUUGGGUUCUUCUUGUGUAGGGCCAAGUGUGGCCGUGUUUAGGAAGUCCUUGCUAGGUGUAUCUGCUGCUAAAACCCUGAGAACUGCUUGCAAAGUGCUCCUGUUUGCUGCAGCUUCGGGGAGGGGCUGACCUGUGUCCUGAAGUUCCUCCUCCACCCAAAACUGGUCGUGCCUUUGUUAGGAGAGCCCUAGGGAGGGACCUGCAAGCCAGGGAGCUCCCUGCCUGACCUGGCUUUGGAGAUGAAGAUCAGGAAUGGUUUUGGGGGUGGUGUCCCCUUUCUUUUGGGUAGCAAAUCCUCUGGAGGUGAGGGGACAAAACUGACACCAAAAAGCAGAAGGGGGGUAACCUUAUCACAGGGGGAGGACAAGUGGUUCUGCUGGGAGCUGGGGGGGGUCUGGCUGCUGCUCUGCACCCCCCAGGAUUGGGUGGGGGAGGAAGUGUGGUCCUGGUGCUCACCCACCCAGGGGGCAGUGGGUGAGGAUUCCUGGAGAAAUGUCACCCAGGUGCUGGCAGCUCUGCCUUGCUGCACACCUGCAGAAGAUUUUUAAGUCUAUCUAUGUAUUUUUAGUAAUGCUGUGGUGUGAGCACAGCACUUGGUUGUGCCCUAAUUUCAUAUCAUUUGUAGCCCUUCAUCCCUCUGUCAGGAACUUGCUGCUUGUUUGGCUGAUGCAGAGAUGAAAGCCUUGGCUGCAUCCUCUGUGAGGAGAGCAGGGAUGGCUGAGCCUGAGCACUGCUGCCCCUUGGCUGAUCAGAGAGCUGGAUUGUUGGAUUUGUGGUGGUGCUUCUGCCUUGAUCCCAGGCAGCUGGCAGCUCUGUGCACGUGCUGACAACUUCUUCUGGCUCUUCAGCUCCCUCUGCAAAGUUUUUCCUUGCCUGACAGUAUUUCAGCUCAGUCUGUGCCCUGGCUCAGCCUUGUGACUGACACAUUCCUUGGCCUUUCCUGAUCUGAGGUGAUUAACUUGAUGGUUCUUUGGGCUCUGCUUCUCCUUGGGCAGAUGGGCUUUGCAGUUUUGAAGUUUCCUGACCUUGCAGGAGCAGAUGAGUUUUUAAUGUCAAGGGCUGAAUGGUUUUGAUCAAAGAGAGGACCUCAAGCUGCAGGUCCUGCCAUGAGAAUCAUUUGGAUAGAAUUUGAUUUUGCUGCAAUAAGGUGUUUGGAAUUUGAGCAGGGAAAGGUGUGGAGGGAUACAGGCAGAUGUGGAAUGAGGUCCCUGUUCUGUGCUGUGUAGGCAAAUGGUAAUUAAGUCAGAGGCCCUGGAGGGGGUGGUGCCAGCUCAGUAUCUCUGCACCUUGUACUUGUUUUCAGAGCCCUUCUGGCUGUCUUGAGAGGAGUGAUUUUCACCACCUGGAGAAUACCAAGGUGGUUGUGGGGCUGCAGUGUGGCAUUGCUGCCACUUUGAUUCUCCUUUGGCUGGAGACAGCUCUGAGCUGCAGUCAGGCAGUGACCCUCUGUGACUUGCUCCUUUUUCCCCUGAAGCAUCCUGCACCUUGGCAGUCUGGAUUUGCUCUUCACAGGCACAGAGGUGACAUCUCUGCUCCCUUCUUGAGGCAGUGUUGAAGGCAUCUCCUGAACAGGGAGGAAGAAGGGGCUGGUUACAGAUGGGAGCCUCCUUCCAGAACAGAUCCAUUGCUCUGCACUGCACUUGCUGCUCUCCUUUUUUCCUGGCAGGAUGAAUCAGAGGUGUCACAGUGGGACAGAUCACCCAAGGGCAAUCAGCACAGGGCCAGGGCAGCUUCUCCUGGGGAGCAGCUCUCAGUGGCUUGCACUGCAUUUCCCAGUGAGACCAGUUAGGUCGUUGCUUCAGCUCCGGUUUUAGUCACUUGCUGUGCAUUUGGUGCCCACGUGGAUAGCCCAGGAGAUUUGGCAGCAGGUAGAACUUGUCGUGGUUCUCAGAACAGAUUUAAAUGCAGAGAUGCAAGCAGCCCCAGGUGUGCUCUGAGCAGCAGGGCUGUGCUGGGACUGCUUCCUGCUGCUGCUCAGGGCAGUGUCUGUGUGCCUGCUGCACUCUCCUCUCUCCGGGGUGACUCAGGGUGUUUGUGGGGGUGCAGGGUGAUGGGGACCAAGUGUGGGGCAGUCACCAGCCUGUGUCACAAGUGGCUGACUGCCACAGAGUCUGCUCGAAACAACCACUGUGGUUGAAGCCAAAGCCUGAUUUCACCACGUGGCAGCCUCUGUGAUCAUCUUGGAGGGCUGUGUCAGGUCCUCUGCUGUGGCUGCUGAGCUCCCAGGCAAAUCAAGGGGGCCAUGUGCUGGGGUUAAUGGGCCUGACUGGGAGCCAGAUGAGCAUCAGCUCUGUUGUUAAUAACAUGCUUCUGUUGUGCUCCCUGUGUACAUGUGGCUGAAGUGCUGGGGGAUGGCCCUGUGGUCUGAGCAGAUUGCCAAGAAGUCAAUAAACCAGCACUCGAGUGCCUUGUGUUGUCUGUGC